AUGGACUUCACCAAGUUGACCGAGAUUGAGCUACCAGCGGCUUUUGAUGCCCAUGUACAUCUCCGCGAUGGCGAGAUGUCGCAGCUGGUCACACCCACGAUUCGCAAGGGUGGUGUGAAUCAGGUGUAUGUCAUGCCUAACCUCGUCCCACCCAUCACGUCCGUGCAGCAAUGUCUUGAGUACCGCGACCGUCUCCAGGCAAUUGAACCGAAUGUGGAUUAUCUCAUGUCCUUGUAUCUCCACGAAGACAUUACACCCGAGGUGAUUCGUGAAGCAAAGAAAGCGGGAAUCACAGGUGUAAAGUCCUACCCAGCAGGUGUUACAACGACACUACACAUGUAUGCAUCGAAUAACUCAUCAUUCCAGAACUCGUCCUCCGGUGUCCUCGACUACGAGACCUUCUACCCCGUCUUCGAGGAAAUGGAAAAACAAAACAUGGUCCUCAACCUCCACGGCGAAGUCCCAUCCACACCAGCCGGCACCCACGUCUCAUCCACCAAAGACACAAAGACAGGCGCCAUCACCAUCCUCAACGCUGAACCCGCCUUCCUACCUACUUUCAUCUCCCUGCACAAGCGCUUCCCUAAACUCCGCAUCAUCCUCGAGCACUGCAGCACGGCCGCCGCUCUAGAUGCAGUCCGUUCCUGUGGCCCCUCGGUGUCUGGUACUAUCACCGCGCACCACCUUAGUCUCAUCAUUGAUGAUUGGGCGGGCGACCCAUUCUGUUUCUGCAAGCCUGUUGCUAAGACGCCCGAGGAUCGCGAUGCGUUACUCCGCGCUGUUGUGCAGAGCAACGGGAAAUUCUACUUAGGGACGGAUUCGGCGCCGCAUCCACGGGGCAAGAAGAGGGGUGAGGAUAAGGUUGCUGCGGGUGUGUUCACCCAGCCGUAUGCGCUAGGAUACGUAUUGGAUGCGCUUCAGACGGGGAUUGAGAGGGGAGUCAUCAAGGAGAGUGAGGUGACCAAGGAGGUUCUUGAGGGCUUCUUUGGGGUGUGGGGAAGGAAGUUUUACCAGAUUAAGGAAAAGAGGGAUGAGAAGGUCGUUUUGAAGAAGAGUGGGGAGAAGGUUUUGGACGUGUUGAAGAAGGAGGGCGGCGGAGAUGUAGAGGUUGUGCCUUUCAGGAAGGGUGAAAUGACCUGGAGUGUGGAGUGGAAGUGA